CCCGCUCAUUGCUCUCUAGCUAAUUAGCAUUAUUUCAAUGGAGUUUAUAACAUCCAUGAUGCUUCUGUUAUCCUUCUUAUAUGCUACCCUUUUAUCAGCAAAGUUGGUGAUUCGAAGACGUCAGCAAACGUGCUAUAUGAUCGAUUAUGAAUGCUACAAGGGUGAAGAGGAAACAACAGUCAAUGCUGAAACGUGUGCCAAGAUUGCCUUGCGAAAUAAGAAUAUUGAUAUUGAAGAUCUCAGAUUCUUAUUAAAAGUCAUGGUUAAUUCGGGUCAAGGCGAAGAAACUUAUGGCCCUAAAACCAUCCUCUUAGGCAAAGAACCAAACCUCGUCGAUUCUAUAUCAGAAAUAGAGACGAUAUUCUUUAACACACUAGAUUCUAUAUUUGCUAGGUCAAAAAUUUCACCAUCUAAUGUUGAUAUAUUAGUGGUGAAUGUAGCUUUACUCUCAGUAGCACCUUCUUUAACAUCUAGGAUCAUAAAUCACUACAAUAUGCGUGAAGACAUUAAGGCAUUCAACCUGACAGCAAUGGGCUGCAGUGCAAGUGUCAUUGCUAUCGAUCUGGUUCAACAUUUGUUCAAGACUCACAAAAAAAAAAUAGCCAUAGUGGUGAGCACAGCAACAAUGAGUACUCAUUACUACCAUGGGACAGAAAGGUCUAUGAUGGCGACUAAUUGCGCUUUUCGUGUAGGAGCUUGUUCUGUGCUUCUAACCAAUGACCCGGAUUGGAAAGACAAGGCAAUUUUGAAGCUCAAGUGUUUAGUCCGGACCCAUUUUGCAGCCAACGAUGAAGCCUAUAACUGCUGCAUGCAACAAGAAGAUUGUCAAGGAUACGAAGGCAUCCGCCUCAACAAGUCCCUCCCAAAAAUCGCUGCUCAAUCGUUGACAAAGAAUCUAUAUACGCUUCUACCAAAAGUGCUUCCACUUAGGGAGAUUAUUCGUUAUAUAAUCUUUAAAUCCAUGGAUUCAAAGAUCAACCUCAAAACUGGAAUAGAUCACUUUUGUAUCCAUCCAGGUGGAAGAGCUUUGAUUGACAAAGUUGGUGAGAAUCUAGGGCUAGACGAGUAUGAUCUUGAACCUAGUCGAAUGGCCCUAUAUCGGUUUGGGCACACAUCUGUUGGUGGCAUUUGGUAUGUUCUUGGAUACAUGGAGGCAAAAAAAAGGCUAAAGAAAGGGGACAAAAUCUUGAUGAUUAGCGUCGGUGCAGGUGUCAAAGCCAACAGCUGUGUUUGGGAAGUCUGCAGAGACUUGAAUGGAAGCAAUGUCUGGUCUGACAUGAUUGAAAAUUACCCACUCAACAAGGAUGCAAUAAACCCUUUUCUUGAGAAAUUUGGAUGGAUCAAUGAUAAGAAAUUUGGUAUGACUUCUCUCACUAUAGCCCAUGUCCGCAAUUUCCUGGACAAUCGGCCAUAAUAAGAACCAUCUUAUAUACCGAAUCCUGCAAAUGUUAUUUCACCUUCGCUAUAUAUUUCCAACGUACUAUAAUAUUUUUACUACAUUUUAGACUUGUGUGGACCUAAUCACGUUCAUUGUUCCAUUAUAAUGAUUUGUUUAGUGUAUUUGUGAACACUCACCAUGGUUUACUUUAUGUAUUAAAAAUUGAAGUCUCAUG